AAGACAAUGGAGAUUCAAUUUUCUUCAUGCAUGCUGGAAUGUUAGGAAAUCUUACUGCGCUUUGGGAUGUCUUCACUUUAUUUACAAACACUGGAUGUGCUGAAAACUCUAACAUUGGGUUUCUUAGUAAGCAUAUGGGGGCAACCUUUGAAGAACGUCCUAAACCCUGGGUGACAAACAUCAGUGUGAUGAUAUUCAUUCUGGAGAUUUCCUUGCAGUAACUGAAAUUUGUGGAUGGUGCGGGUGGUUUUGAGACGUUAGAAGUGGGUUAGUGGUGCUUAUGCUGGUCAUACUGCUGUUUGUUUGAGGGAUUCUGAAGGAAAAUUAUGAGUUGGUGAUUCAUGAUAUGAAAAUGAAGAGGGGUUUAUAUUAUUGUCAUAUUUCCAUGGGAUGAAUGGUGGGAUUUCAAGCUGAAUAAGGAUGAUUCCAACCCCCAAAUUGCGCUGUUGCUUCCUUUGCAUCCUGAUGUACAAGGCAAGUUCUAUGGAACUGCCACAUGGGAAACUACUACUAUAUAUGAAAAGAAAGGAUUUGUUCUGAGAUGAAGAAGAAAUGGUAAAGGCAGAAGGAGUAGAAGAUAACCAUGUGCAACGCCAAUUCCAUCGAAUCGAUGAUUUACCAGAAUUAUUAGAGUACUUGAACCCAAAGGAUGGUCUGGUUACCUGUGAUGGAAUCAUCUGCAAAUGUUGCAGCAAGAUGUUUUCAGUUUCUGAGUUCAAGACUCAUGCAGGAUUCAAUCAGAGUCAUCCAUUUUUGUAUCUAUUCAUUGAAUCUGCAUGCUCAGAUGAGUAUGAGACAAGGGGAAAAAAAAAUGGGACUCUAAUACUACAAGAUGAUGAAAAUGACCAAAAUGACGAUUCAUUCAGAUUCUGUGAUGAUCGGAGUGAGUUGAUAUGCUUUGUGAAGUGCCCCUCAGCUUUUCAUCAGGCUUGCUUGUUUACUCAGGACCUCCAUGAAGGCAGCUGGUACUGCACUAACUGCACCUGCCAAAUAUGUAGUAAUCUGGUUAAUGGUGCCAAGGCUUCAUACGUUGAUGCACUGAAAUAUUUGCAAUGCAAGCACAAAUAUCAUGAGGCAUGCUUGAAAGGAGUGAAAAUCUACGAGCAAGCAGUUUCUGUUACUCAGAUUUAUGGUGGAAGCUGUCUAGAGGUAGUUUCAAUCGAUCUUCCAAGUGCAUGAAGUUUUGUGCAGCUGACAUAAUGAAUGCCUAAAAGUAGAGCAAAUCUACGAGCAAGCGGUUUCUGAUGCUGGGUUUUGUGGUAGAAGCUGUCUAGAGGUAACUUUUAUUUCCAACCUUCCGACUACAUGAAGUUUGGUGCAUUGACAUAAGCAAUGAAGCAUGCAUGAACUGAGAGAGAAAAUCUACGAGCAAGCGGUUUCUGAUAUUCGGUUUUGUGAUGGAAGUUGUCUAGAGGUACUUUUCCCGAGUGCAUGAAGUUUUGAGGCAUUGAUUUGAGGCAAUGCCUCAAAGGAGAGAAAAUCUACGAGCAAGCGGUUUCUGAUACCGGGUUUUAAAAUUUGUUGUACACAGAUUUUCAAAGAUUUUUAUCUAAUUAUUACACACUUUUGAUGGAAUAUUUCAACUCAUUGUGACACAGAAAAA